GAAAUUUUAGGUGUUAAUUUAUUAGAAGUUAUCAAAAGAUAUAAUUAUUCAGGGGUUCCAGUACAUUUAUGUAGAAAAUAGCUAAAUAAUGUUUAAUAGGACUUGAUUUUAUUGAUAGAUAUUGUCAAGUUAUACACACUGAUUUGAAACCGGAAAAUGUUCUCUUGUAGUUGACACAAGAAGACCUUAAAGAUAUUGUGGAAAAUGGGUAAAUUAGCAAAAAUGAAGUAAGUGAUUAAAGACUUUAGGUUAUUAGGGGUUUAUUGGGAAUUAAAGAAAAUAAAUUAAUAGAUGAGGAAGAAGAAGAAAAAGAAAAAGAGAGAAAAAAUGAAAAAAAGGAAGAUAUUAUUAAUGAUGUUUAAUAAAAAUAAGAAAAGGAAAAUAUUAAAAAAUUAAAAGAAAAACUCAAAGAAGGGAAUUUGACGAAAAAUCAAAAGAAAAACUUAAAAAAAAAAAUAGGAAAAAAAAAAAAAAAAAUAGGUUUUAUUUCAGAUGAAGAAAAUUCGAAUUAAGAAAAUUAAAAAAACCACCAAUUAAAUAAUUCAUAAUUGUUUAAAAAAACAGAUGAAUAAAUCCUUAAUAAAAACGCACUUUUAAGAGGACCCAAAUUAUAAGAAGAUUUUAAAUUAAAAAUAGCUGAUUUAGGUAAUGCAUGUUAUACUUUUUAUCAUUUCUCGACUCAAAUUUAAACUAGAUAAUAUCGAUCACCUGAAGUUUUAGUAGGAAAUAUGUAUAAUUAAACAGCUGAUAUAUGGAGUUUAGCUUGUUUGCUUUUUGAAUUAUUGACAGGAGAUUUCCUUUUUGAACCAAGAAAAGGUCCCAAUUAUUCUAAAAAUGAUGACCAUUUAGCACAAAUAUAAGAACUUUGUAAAAAGUUCCCUAAAAAUUAUGCAUUGAAAGGGACUAAUUCAAAAAAAUAUUUUGAUUAAAAUGGAAAUUUAAAAAGAAUACCUUAGCUACAUUAUUGGCCUUUACAUUUAGUUUUAAUUGAAAAAUAUCAUAUAAAAGAAAAAGAAGCAAAAGAAUUCGAAGAUUUCAUGAUGUAAAUGUUACAUUGUGCCCCUGAAAAAAGAAAAACAGCCCAAUAAAUGUUAGAUCAUCCUUGGCUAAAAGGCAAAACUGACGAAUAUGAAUAUAAGAUGAGUGAAUAAGAAUUUUCCGAAUAUAUGAAAUCUAAAUAAAUAUAAAGUGAUAAAGCAAAAUUAUUAGGUUAGGAGGAAGAAGACUAAUACAAUUUGGAAAAAAAUUAAUUUUCUAGUUCUGAAGAUAAUUUCGCUGAUAAUGAAAAUGAUGAAAAUUAUUGCACUUCAGAUGAUGAUGAUGAGUUUUAUGAUUAUAAACCAAAUGUAAAUAGAAAACUUAUUGAUAGAUCUUUUACUAAUUUGGGAUAUAUUGGAUAUGGGGAUGGUAUUAAUUUAGAAGAAUUAGAUAAUGCGGGAAAUUGGUAGUUUGAAAAUCGUAAUUGA